AUGCUACCUGAAUCGAGUGAUCAGGAAGAUUCUACGUAUCUCUUAGAAAACAGUGAAUUGGAAAAUGACCAUACUUCUCUCAAAAUUCUGAUGGAUCAACCAUUUCAGCGCUCUGUUCAAGCAUUCAAAAAUGACACGGAUUAUCUUAUACGAGAGCUAGAAAAAUUGCUAGCAAAAAUGGGUGAGCCUAUCCCGAAUGAGGAUGAAAUAAACGAAUUUCUUCAGGAAUGUACAUUGAAUCUUAUAAAUCGAUGGCGAGCACGAGACAGAUUUUCUGAAAUCGCAUUUCAGGGUCUACUUAUGAUUCUUGAAUUUUGCUUAGCUUGUACUAAGUCGUAUGAUCCAAUGUUUGAUCAUUUUUUAACAAGUUUGGGCUAUCAUUCGGUAGCUUUUUGGAGUCGUGCAAUCCCGUUUGUCUAUGACUCAGACUUAUCAGCUGGUACACAUUAUCGCGAUGCCUUGUUGUUUGCUUUGGCACUUCAUGAUGUCAACAAUAGUAAAAGUCGUUUACGGGAAUUAUAUGCAGCUGUUCCUGGCAUUCGGCAAAGCAUGUUAGGCAUUCAUGCUAAACGUUUUGGGGAAAAGUAUCGACAUUUGCAGAUGAUACGUAGUCGAGGAAGUUCUCGGCGAUCAAGCAUUCAAGGAUCAUUCGAAAAUUUGGAUAUAUCAGAACUUGAAACUGAUGAUUCAACAGAAACCGAUUCGCAUACCGGAGUUGGAUUGAUCGAUAUAUAUCACCGCAAGCAGCGUGUAAUCAAUGUCUCGAACGCUCCACCAGUAUCGAUAAAGCGUAAAAUAAGCGGUAGUUGGGAAAUUCAGCAGGGCAGUGGUGGAUUGGUUGCUUGUGUUGAUCCUGUGAUGAGCGUUGAUAAAGGGAAUAUAUGGCUUGCAAAUAUUGGAAUGAAUUUACAGGGAUCCUCAAAGCAGCUUUCAGAAGACCAUACACCGCCAUCUACAAAUUCUCUUGGAUUGCCUCUUCUUCGACAGGCUAAUGCUGGAGAAAUUUUUCAUGUUCUGGGUGAUGAUCCAAAACCACAUACAUUGACAGAAAAUGAAAGAGAUGUCGAGCGUGACAUGUCAUUGUUAUCGGUGUUGCAUGAUUACAAUAAAUCAAACUAUCAACUGAAUCCAGUAAUUGUGAAUCAGGAUGAUUACAAUACAUAUUAUGGCGGUAUUAGUAAUGGAUUGCUUUGGCCUGCACUUCACAAUUUACAGGAAUAUAUUGUCAAAGAUUACGAGGAUGAACAAAUACUUCGAGAACACUGGUGUGCAUAUGUUCGAGUCAAUUAUCAGUUCGGAAUAAAUGCUGUGCGAAAUAGCAGACCUCAAGAUUUCAUCUGGAUUCACGACUAUCACCUUAUGCUAACUGGACAAAUGAUGAGAAGUUUGGACAGUAAUCUAGAGGUCGGAUUUUUCCUGCACAUUCCGUUCCAACCUCCAGACAAUUGGAUGACUAAAUAUCAUAUCGUUGCAGAACCAAUAACACGAGCCUUGCUUCGAUUCACAAAAGUUGGUUUUCAAACUCAUCGUGAUCGUCAAAAAUAUGUCGAAUUAGUGAAAAAGCAUGUAUUACGUGCACGAAUUCAGUAUGAAAGUACGAUUGAUAUAUUCACGGUGACUCAUGAGAAUUUCACUUGUUCAUUGGGUGUGUUUCCUGUAUCAAUAAAAAAUGAAGAUUUUUUGAACAUCGUCAAAAAGCCAGAAACUACAGAUCUUGCUGCCGAAAUACGAAAAGAACUAAUUUCUGCUGGAUCAAGUAAAGGAUGCAUAUUUUUUUCUGUGGAACGAUUCGAUUAUACGAAAGGCAUCGUUGAAAAGCUUAAGGCCUGGAAGCGUUAUUUCGAGAAAUAUCCAGAGCGCAUAGGGUUGGAUCUCUUGUAUCAAGUAGCAGUCACAAACCGACGAUCUGUAAAAUCUUAUCGAAUCUACCAAGACAAAUGUCAAAAAAUAGUUGAUGAAGUAAAUCAGACAUUUAGAAGUGAAGAAUAUCCCAACUGGAAACCGAUUAAAUUUACAAUGGAUGGUUUACCGCGCGCAAAAUUAGUGGCUCAUUAUCUUGCUAUGGAUGUUGGUGUCGUAACACCAAUAAAAGAUGGCAUGAAUCUUGUGGCGAAAGAAAUGGUGAUCUGUAAUCCUGGAGCUGCUUUAAUUCUUUCAUCUGGAGCAGGAACUGAAGUACAGUUGGGUAGUGCCGGUUUUUAUGCUCACGAUAAACAGUGUUAUUAUCGAAUCGAAGAUGUUACAAAAGCUGAUGUUAGAAUCGCUAAUUUUUUUUUGCUUUAUUUUGGCCUUUUGUUAUCAAUAGUUAUUACAGACAUUCAGGCAUUUGCCGACUGCUUUUACAAGGCUGCAACAGAAUCUCUUGAAGAAAGGCGUGGUCACGGUAUUCUUUUGAAUCAGUUUUUAAUGAGUCAUGAUAUCGAUGAGUGGAGUACAGCUUUCCUAGAUCCUUCUUGGACUCAUGAAGUAAUUCGGCUUACUGAGGUUAAACUUUUGGCAGAUUUCUACCAACUAAUGCAGAAGACAUGUCAAGUUCGUCGACAAAUUUCAGAACGAGUUUUGAAGGGUAUUGCGAUUCGAGAGCAUUUCUCAGUUUCACUUGAAAAUGCCAAAGCAGCGCUUGAGAACUCUUGUAUACCUGGUACGCACUUUUUGGUUUUGGAAACUGCAACAGCUGGAGAUGAUUCUGAUGAAGGUAGCCAAAACAUGACCGCAAAAUUUGAUAUAACAAAUGAGCUCGCUGAACUAGAGAAAGAUCUGGAGUUCCUUAAAUUUAUUCAGAGUGACGAAAUUACAAAUGUAGAACAGUUCGUCAUGACUCUUGGAAAUUAUCAUCCUGCUGGACAAGCAGCUUUUGUUGAUGAAGUAACUAAAACAUUUGCCCUAUUAGUUGAAGGAGAUCAUUUUCAACAUUUUUUCACCGACCGUGAUGGUACAUUGAAGUCUUAUUCAUGCUCGUAUUCUGCUAGUGUUCAACCAGCAUAUUCUGCCGUCAUUCAAGCACAAUUUGCUCGACGUUGUGCUCAGUUUUGUGCUAUUCUCACUACAGCACCACUGAUGCACAUUGGAGUAUUGAACGUUAGCACAAUGCCAGAAGGUUAUUAUGCGUAUGGUGCAUCUGCUGGUCGUGAAUGGUACUUAAAUCCGUCUUUGCAGUUCAAAGAUGAUAGUGUUAAUGAUGCUGACUUAGCUUUGUUAACCAAUGUCUUUGAAAAGUUAGAAGAAUUGCUUGAACAACCGGAAUAUCGUAAUUUUACUUGGAUUGGUUCUGGUCUACAGAGACAUUAUGGCCAUAUUACGAUUGCUCGCCAAGAUGUGAACAAUUCAGUUCCUAAGCAUCGUUCAUCUCUUUUAUAUCAAGCAGUAUGUAAAAUAGUAAAUGAAGUCGAUCCUAUGGCAACAACUUUAACGUUGCGAGAAGGUGAUUACGAUCUGAAGAUAUUCACAAAGGUGGCAUUAUCAGAAAUCACAAGUGCAACGGCCAAAAUUUCGGGUCGUAUUUUCAACAAAGGACAUGGCAUCCGUUUGAUAAGGUCUAAAAUGAGGUUGAAACUCAGUCAUGGCAAUAUUCUUGUGUGUGGUGAUUCAGAAACUGAUUUGCCCAUGCUCGAGGAGUGUUUGGCAUGUGCUCCAGCUAAUGUUUACACGAUCUGGGUCACAACAAAUCUUCAGCUGCAAGAGAAAGUGAAAGCACUUUGUGGAGUAUAUGGGAACUCCCACUUUAUUUUUGUUUCUUGUCCUGAAGUUUUACUUGGUGCAAUGGCUAACGCAACUGUUCGCGAAAUCGAAAUUCGACCGGAAAGUGAUUACAGUGAGGAUUAA